UGAAGAAAUAUAGCUGUUGACUCAACUCACUCAAAUCGCCCUUCCGCUCUACGCCCGCAGAAAUGUCCGCCACAACAACCACCGACGGCGGCUUCCUCUCUCGAGUCAAGAAAACCACUCGCUCACUCGCCGCCACGCGUCGCCCUUGGGCUGACUUCCUAGACAUCUCCGCAUUCAAUCUCCCCCUUUCCCUUUCCGACGCCACCAUACGCAUCACGCAAAACCUAACUCAUUUUCGCGUUAAUUACACUAUAAUCCUCUUAUUAAUCCUCUUCUUAAGCCUAAUCUACCACCCCGUCUCACUAAUCGUCUUUCUACUCUCGCUUGUCGCGUGGUUCUUCUUCUACUUCGCGCGCGACGACGCUUUGACGCUCUUCGGGUUCGUUGUCGACGACCGUAUCGUGGUGGGUGUGCUUUUUGCGGCGACGGUAACGGGGUUGGUUUUGACGCAUGUGUGGGUGAAUGUGUUGGUUUCCACGUUGAUUGGGGUUGCUUUGGUGAUUCUACAUGCGGGGUUGAGGAGUACGGACGAUCUUGUGAUGGAUGACCAAGAAUCACCAUAUGGUGUUUUGCUUGAUGAUCUUGACGAUAGCCCACAUGGUGCUUAUACUGGUUUUUAAUUCUUUUAAAUUUUUGCCCGUAAAGACUGAAUACUUUUGAGUUAAUCUCAAAUCGUUUCUUGCUUAAUUGAUUCGGUGUUUGUGUUAUAAUUCUUGGACUUGUACUAAUGUAGAUUCAAUAUUACUGCUAGUUUGUGUUCUGAAAUUGUUAAUGCCAUCUUGCCUUCUGUGUA